UCUCGUCCCAAAAUGGCCUGUUGUAUAACAUCCAAGCUCGCCGCAAUUACGCCCAUCUGAUCCUCUAGUUUACGGAUUCUCUUCGAUGUUCUUUCACUGGAGCGAUCACGACUCCUUGAUCUCUUCUUGUGAUGUCCCAUUAUAAUUCUACACUUUACUUAAAACGAAAUAUACUCAAAAAAAUAUUUAUUAUUUUCUCUAAACGUGUGGUCUGUCCGACACAAAAGAAACGAAUGAGCAAACAGCAGCAAGGCGGCGCCACGGUAGUCGAUAGGCGCGGUAUUUUAUUAAUUUUAAGCUCUAAAUUUGUGGUCAAAGACAUGAAAGUAGUGGUACUACCUUCGUAAUCUCGAAGUACGAGACACGAAGGAUAAUUCCACACAUAUUCGAGUUUGAUAUUCCUACACGGUAUUUCGAAAGAUAUGGCGCGAAUUCCUUAUCGUUAGAAACACACGACUAUGAUCAAAGCAUAUUAUGUCUUCACAACGGAUUAUAUGCAUAUUUUCAAAUCUCGUAGAUGCGUCAGAAGUCCCAUUCAUCUUCAUAUUUAUAUCAUAAUACUAAGAUGUCUGUAGGUAUACUAUUGCGACGAAUGACGGAUCAAGUUCUGUACGUUUCUAUUCAUACUGACCCAGUUUUAGGACUAAAAUUAAAUAUUUCCGAUUAUUUAUUCAGUGCGCGAGUUGACGGGGAAAAUACUGUUAUGAAAAACUUAUAAACAUUACAUUAGCAUUGCAAAUUGAGGAAAACCUUUUAGGUGACUCAUGUUAAUAAUAAAAUCAACGACCAAAAUAUGGAAUGCUUAUUUUGGUGUGUAGGUAGCGUUAUCAACAGGAUAUUGUGGAGUCGAAGUCGUUAAAAAUAUGAGAUAAGACCGUGCAUAUAACACCAGAAAACGUGCAUUAGCUCUCAUUCUAACGAAAAUAACUCUUGCACUUACAUUCCUACUUCUUAUUUUGCUUAUGCAAGUCGUGUAAUUGCAUUUUCUAAUAAUGGCCGUUAAUUUGUUUGAAACUGUUAGUGUCAGUGAUUACUUCGGACGAGCAACUAACCCAAGAUAUUUGGAUUUAAUUUUACACGAACACUUCAGCAUCCUCAACAUGCCAAUACAUGGAACUUUCGAAAAGUUUCAGAAGCAUAAAAACAUAAAGAAGAAUCGUAAUAUGAGCAUUCCAUGUUGGGACAGUUCCCGUGUGAUUUUAAAGUCUGAUUGUGAUGUGGACUACGUACACGCUAAUUACGUAAGUGGAUUCAACGCUGAUAAGAAAUUUGUGGCAACGCAAGAACCAACAGCAGAGACGCUUUGUGACUUUUUUGCCAUGAUUUGGCAAGAAAAUUCUUACAUUGUCGUGAUGUUAACCGAUACCGCACAACAUUCAGGGCCAAUAUGUCCUCAGUAUUGGGCUUCAAAUAAUGAUUGUGAUACGAUCUUAAAAAUAUUCAAAGUUAGUGCAGAAAAAGUGACUUUGCAUUGCUAUUAUACUGAGAUAACUUUAAGUAUUCUAAAUGGAGAGACUGGAGAAUCGAGAAUCAUACAUUUCUUCAAAUACUUCGACUGGCCAGCUCAUGGUGUUCCUGGUAACAUGGCAGGGUUUCUAGAUUUCAUCGUAGCCAUAAAUAAAAGGCAACAGUCUUUAUUAAGAAAAGCAUUGGUCAUUGACCAUAUUCUGCCGGGCCCAAUCGUAGUUCACUGCAGCUCAGGUAUCGGAACGGGUACACUUUGCGCUAUAGAUGCUUGCUUAUAUCAAAUAGUAAAUACAGCAACGAUUAAUGUACAAGCAGUUGUAUUUAGAAUCAGACAUCAGAGGCAUUCUAGUAUUUUAUCCCCAGAACAAUAUGAUUUUAUAAAUAAUGUCUUACUUUAUUUCUUAGAAACUAUGCGAACAAAUAUAUGGGUACUCUUAGAAUUACGUUCCCACUUGUUUCAGAAAGAUUUGCAUUUAUUCUUAGUAUAAACAUAAAUAAGAUUCAUCGAUAAGUUGUAAGCUAGAAGGUACUGACAUUAAGACAAAAUAAUCAGCUAUUUGUAAACAUUAAUUAAAAUACAUCCGUCAUACUUGUUUGUUAUGAUUGCAUUUGGACCUAAGUUUAUCAAUAUUCAAGUCACCGCAUGAACAACAACAAUGCUAACAAUUUAACUACCUUAUGAACUUAGAGUUGUUUGACAAUGCUAAUAAUGUAAUACCGUCCACCUCAAGUAUAGUAGGACAUAAGCAAAAAAUUAACCGUCGCCAACCUGAAAAGUUGAAGGCAGGACAACCUACAAGUCAAAUAAUCGAUUGUAAACCUUCUGCUCAAGUGACUUUUCCAAUGAAAAGUUGCAGAUAGCAAUAAACAGAAGGAUUUAUAGUAAACUUGACAUCAACUGUCAUAAUAAGAUCACAAUGAGAAUAAAGAGUGUAAAUCU